AUGCAGAAGAGCCGGGAAGACAACAUCUUCCCUCCAGAUGUGCAUCGCCAGCAAUUCAGGCAGUUCUGCUACCAGAAGGCCAAGGGGCCCCGAGAUGUCUGUAGCCGACUCCACUGUCUUUGCAGUCAGUGGCUAAACCCGGAAAGGCACAGCAAGAAGGAGAUGCUGGAUCUGGUGAUCCUGGAACAGUUUCUGGCCGUCCUGCCCCUGGAAAUGCAGAGCUGGGUCAGGGAAUGCAGGCCGGAGAGCAGUUCCCAGGCGAUGGACCUGGCAGAAGGCUUCCUCCUGAGCCAGGCAGAGGACAAGAAUUGGGACCAGCAGGUGCAGGAAAGGGUCACACAGGAGUGUUACCACAGAGCAACCUUUCCAGAUAAUGCCAUAAAACCAAUGAUAUCUUCUUUGCCAUCUCUUAGUGAUGAAGAAAAAGCGGCCUCCGUUCAACAAGAUCGGAAGGACUUCUGCUUCUCCAACCUGGUUCCAUGUCCCAAGUGGAAGAAGCAGAAGAUCCACAUCUCCAAGAUGCAGAAGAAAAAGAGAUAUCAGCAGGUAGCUGCCUAUUUGUAUGGUGGAAGCGGUGCGGAAAACUCUUAUAAAUGCUUGCAGUGUGAAAAGGGCUUUCCUUCGAGUUCAACACUUACUAUCCAUCAGUGUACCCACACUGGAGAGAAACCUUACAAAUGCUUGCAGUGUGGAAAGAGCUUUACUCGGAAUUCACAGCUUAGUAGACAUCAGCGUAUCCAUACUGGAGAAAAACCUUAUAAAUGCUUGCAGUGCGAAAAGGGCUUUGCUGACAGUUCACAGCUUACUAGACAUCAGCGUACCCACACUGGUGAGAAACCUUAUAAAUGCUUGCAGUGUGGAAAUAGCUUUGCUCAGAGUUCUCAGUGUACUAGACAUCAGCGUAUGCACACUGGGGAGAAACCUCAUAAAUGCUUGCAGUGUGGAAAGAGCUUUGCUCAGAAACCACAGCUUAUGAGACAUCAGCUUACGCACUCUGGAGAGAAGCCUUUUAAAUGCUCCGAGUGUGGAAAGAGCUUUGCUCAGCAUUCACAGCUUACUAUCCAUCAACGCAUCCACACUGGGGAGAAACCAUAUAAAUGCUUGCAGUGUGAAAAGGGCUUUGCUCACAAACCAUAUCUUAGGGUCCAUCAGCGUAUCCACACUGGGGAGAAACCUUAUAAAUGCUUGGAGUGUGGGAAGAGCUUUGCUUCGAGUUUACAGCUUACUAGACAUCUGCAUAUUCACACUGGGGAGAAACCUUAUAAAUGCUUGGAGUGUGGGAAGAGCUUUGCUUCGAGUUUACAGCUUACUAGACAUCUGCAUAUUCACACUGGGGAGAAACCUUAUAAAUGCUUGGAGUGUGGAACGAGCUUUGCUCAGCAUUCACAGCUUACUAUCCAUCAACGUAUCCAUGCUGGAUAG